AUAAAACCGAAUAAACCGAAAACCGACGGUAUAUAAACCGAACCGAACCGAAGUAAAUAUGGAUUUAGAAUGGUAGUUAUAUUUUACUAACCGAAAUACCGAAAACCGAAAAAAACCGAACCAAAACCGAACCGAUAUCCGGAUUGAACACCCCUAGAUUUCACUCAUGUUCAAACCAAAAGACAGUAACUAUUCCUGUACGACUAUGGGAGGGACUGAAAGGUCAAGUUAGAGUAAAUAUCUGAGAGUAAAAUAUUUUUCAGCUGUGUUACGCUUUUCUAUAGCCAGUCAGGUGAAAAAUGAAAUAAAAUGUUUUACUCUCGGUUGCGCUAAAGUUGUUUAUCUUUUAGGCUCCGAAUGGUGACUGCGGUUUGAGCGGUGCAGAACAAGCGGUUUAACUGCGGUGCGAUUUUAACAGUUAUAAAAACGUAUAGAUAUAUGAUAUAUUUAAAGAUUUUUGUUACUUUUAACUGCGAUGCGGGACAUGGCGGUCGUAAACAUUCGAAGCCUUAGUGUUUUAAAGAGUAAACAUUUACUCUAUAUUUACCAUGCGAAAUCCAGCGCAACAACUUUUUGUUAUUAUUUACUCUAAUUUACUUUUUUCUUUUUCCAUUCUAUUACUCCACUUUACUCUGUCUCUUUUACUCCACUGAGUUACCAAUCACAACCUAUAUUACUUGGCCAAGAUUGGAUGAAAUAAUACUUGGUCAAGAUUGGAUGAAAUAAUGUUAGUGCCAACACUAGAAUUACUGAAAGCAUAUUAAAUAAUACAGUAACAAGUUGUGGAUCUUGGACCGUGCAUAUAAAUGUGCCUGUCAAACACAAAGAGACCUCAAAGCACGAUUUCAUUCAAGGCAAAGAAUAAAUAACUAAAAAAAAAGAAGGUAGUGAGAGUGAGAAAGGAUGGAGAAACAGUUGCAUAAAACUAUGGAGGCUGCUCACGUUGAACGAGCCAUCCGAGUGCCAUCACCGGAAAAAGAGAAGGAAAAAUCUCAUAAGCAUAGAGGAAUAUUCCACCUCCACCUCCACCAUCACUCUAAGGAUGAGAAAGAGGAAGACAAGAAGAAAGAUGGCUCAAGGAUUUUAGCAAAAAAAAAAAAAAAAGAUGGCUCAAAGAGAGAAAAGAUAGCUUCAGCGAUAGUUGGUCUCGGAGCCACCCUCAAGAAGAUUAAGCUUAAGGGCCACCACGGUGGCGGUGGUAAAGAGGAAGGAGGACAAGAGGAGGAGGAGGACGGUGGUGAUGAAGAAGAGGAGGACGGUGGGGAUGAAGAAGAGGAGGACAGUGGGGAUGAAGAAGAGGAGGACGGGGGAGGCAAAUUUAGUGCUUUCAUUUCAGUGAUCGCCGAAGCAUUUGAAGAAUAAGAUUUUAUCGUGUGAUUACUUUGUUGUAUCUUUUUUUUUUUUUAAAAGAACUUUGUUGUAUCCUAAUUUGAACUUCCUAUCAAAUUUAGCAUUCUCCACCGAAGCAUUUGAAGAAUAAGAUUUCAUCGUGUGAUUACUUUGUUGUAUCUUUUUUUUUUUCGAAAAAAGAAUUUUGUUGUAUCCUAAUUUUAACUUCCUAUCAAAUUUUGCAUUCUCCCCCACACACAAUUACAAUAACAGCUACUCAUUUUGUUAAUUAGGGACUAUGGAUGUAAGACUUCAUUCAUUUAUUACAUUUUCUUCAACGUUGAAGCGUGAUAGAAAUACUAUUUAGAUUUAGAUUUAUCACUAGCAUUCAACUUAAACUUAAUUAGUGCUAAGUGACACAAAUCUCUUGUAAUUUUAAUUAGCUGUUUUUCUAGCUACAGAUAUCAGAUUUUAUUCAUUCAUAAACACUUCUCUCACACAUUAAUUGUGGGAACAACAUGGCAUAACAUAAGGCAGCUGAAGAACUAUAGUCAUCAAAUCAAGCACAAGAAAAGUCCAAGUGUGAAGACUUUAAGAGAAGUCUUUAGCUGAGGUUUAGCUAAGUGUGGUAAAGACUCUAUUAGAGUCCAAAGGUUUGUAAUACACUAAGUUGAGUCUUAUCACGUAAUCUCAUCUCUGAAGUUAAGUGUGUUAUCACGUGUGUAACUAGCUAGAAUAUAAAGCAAUUAGCUUUACUCUCUUGAGCUGAUUAGGGAUUUAUGUUAGAUCACUCAGCCGAGAGAUAGAGAUAGAGAGAUCACGAGU